AUGGCGGAACAGUUUUCGCCAAGAAAAGUGAGAUUUUCAUCCGAUAUUGAAGAUAGAUAUCCCCCAGACAAAGAAGACCAACAUAAUGUAUCAACAGAUGGAGAUAUAUUCAAUGCAGAACUACCCCGAUCUGACAAUCGCACGGAACAGAACGGAAAGAAAACGUUUGACAAUAAUAUGCUGUAUCAUCAUACAAAAUUGAAACGUUUCUCCUCGAAUUGGCUACGUAAUGCCAAAGGUGGGAAAAAUCUUGACAGAAGAGCUUCUUUUUCGAUUAAUAAACGAAACGAAUCCGGUAUACAACGUCUUGAAUACGAACUUUCGAACAUAAAAAGUCGCCUGUUUGAUAACCUUCAAGAAUACGAAGACUUAAAGGAUUCCUUUCCUGAUAAACACUUCCCGUCAGAUUGGGAACCACAAGCUAUACGAAAUUUAAGAAGUAAAGUCGAUAGACUUAAUGAGAAAAUCGAGAGGGAGAAGAAUAAACUAAAAAUGAAAGCAGAUGAUAAAGAAGUAGCAAAAAUGGUGGAAAGUUUGCUGGAACAUUGUGGAGAUGAAAAUAUAUCAGAUGACUCCGAUCCACUAAAGAAUUUUUCUCUAAAUGAAGUGGUGGACGAUGAAUCCCAACAAAGAAGGGAAAUUAUCAAUGAUACGAGAUUGAUAAGAAAGAUAGACACAAUUGGACACAAACAAGUUGUUAUGGUUCCAGAAGGAUUAAAAACCAGACAAAAGAAACUAUUUCUAGCUGGAGAAAUUCCACCUAGAACUCACAGUGAACGUGAAUCGAGUAAGGCCGCCCUUCAUUGUGCACUAUCUCGUUUACCUCCACUUAAAAAACGUGUGAAGGCGCGAAAGUUUGGAAAAUUUUUAUCAGAUGACGACAAGAAGCGAACAAAAGACAAUAUAGUGGUUAUUCCAAAUAGACGACGUAUCGCAAAUGGUAGAGCAUUUGUUCAUGAAAGACAAAAAGAAUUUGUGACAUUUCACAAGAAGCGAUUGCAUGAAAUGGAUGUAAGUUUCACUAGGACAGCCUUUGAAUCGUACACUUCUACAUAUUAA